AUGUUGACUUUGCUUCAACUUAUCCUCGCCAUCCCAGCCUUGGCUGCGGCCAGCUUUCCCGUCAUUGAGACAAACAGCGGUCCAGUUCAGGGUGCCAGCUCUCCCUUCCGCAACAAUGUAACGGUUUAUAAAGGCAUUCCAUAUGCAGCAAGUCCCGCUGGAUCGAAGCGUUGGACUCCCCCUACGAAGCCCAAGUCCUGGACUAAAACACUCCAUGCGACCGAAUUUAGCCCUCAGUGCGCGCAGCCUUAUUCCGACGCAGGCAUCUUCUCGUCUGGAAAGAACACUACCAGUGAGGACUGCCUGACAGUCAACGUCUGGACUCCUACCUACGAUUCCACUGAUGCAAGUGAUAUCGAGUCCAAGAAUCUCCCCGUUUACGUGUGGAUUUUCGGUGGCCGAUUCGAAGGUGGCUCUGGCGAUGUCAUUACCUAUGAUGGAACCGGCCUUGCAUCUAAAGAUAUUAUCGUGGUGACGCUGAACUACCGUCUCGGUGCCUUCGGGUUCCUUGCUCACCCUGAGCUUUCGCGUGAGUCUGGACACAACAGCUCUGGAAACUACGGUAUCAUGGACCAGCAAUUUGCUCUUCGCUGGGUUCAUGACAAUAUUGCCAAAUUUGGUGGAAACUCUAGUCAAGUCACCGUCGGCGGCCAGUCUGCCGGCUCGGCCAGCGCCUUGGAUAUGAUGUGGAGUCCUCUCAGCAAAGGCUUGGUUCAUGGUGUCAUUGCUGAGAGUGGUGCCCGUGGACCUCAUGAUCCUGCUACUGGAAGUGUUGCCACCUCUUACAACACCAAGGACGUUGCUGAGAACUUCGGUGUGGAGUUCCUCAAGACAAUGAAUGUCUCUUCAAUUGCUGAGCUCCGCAAUGCGUCGAUUGCUUCUCUCAUUGGAGAAGGCCAGCUGAUGGAAUCAGACUACUAUGACGGUACUGUCUUUGCUAAUCUCUGGUCUGGCCCUCCUCGCUGGCGUCCAGUAAUCGACGGUUACGUGCUCCCCUACGGAUAUGGAGAGGCUUUGAGACUGGGCGCUCAUGCUGACGUUCCCAUAAUGACCGGUAAUAACCUGAAUGAAAACGAUGGCGGUGCGUCGAGCGUAUCUGAGUACAAGACCCUCUGGACCGAGGUCUUUCAAAAUUACUCAUCAGAGUUCUUUUCCUUGUACCCUGCUCAGAGCGCAGCCCAAGCCAAGACGAAUUCCGAUGCCGUUCUUUUGGAUAUGGCUCAAAUCGGUACAUGGGACUGGGCGAGAAUGUGGCGGAAGGGAGGCGCAAGCUCCAAUGUCUUCCGCUAUUUCUUUGAUACAGCACCUGCAGAGGAUGAGUCGGGUGGAGCUUACCACGGUGCCGAGCUCUGGUUUGUUAUGAAUAACAUUCCUUACUCGGACUACUCGACCGUCACCUGGAAUGCGUCCGAUUACAAGAUUGAGUCUGUUAUGUCCAGUUACUGGGCUAACUUCAUUAAGACUGGCAACCCUAAUGGCAACGGUCUGACCUACUGGAGCCCAUCCUCGGACAACAAGACAGCUAUGCAUCUGGGCCAAGGCUUUGGUUCUGUGCCAAUUGCCAAAUCCGCUGAGCGUAUCAGCUUUGUCCGUCGCUGGAUGUCUCAUUUGCACGAGUACUAG